AUGCAGUGCAGCUGCAGCUCCUCGGCAGCGGGACACCUUUCAUCGCCUUACUGGAGUCGAACAGUGCUGUUCCCCGACUGGGCCUACAGACCCUCCUGGUCCCCGGGGUCCCGGCAGGUCCAGCUGUGGCACUUCCUGCUGGAGCUGCUGGGGGGGGGGGAGGCCGGAGCCAUCGGCUGGGGGGGGAGUGGGGGAGAGUUUGUGAUCCGGGACCCCGAGAGGCUGGCCAGGCUGUGGGGGGAGAGGAAGGGCAAACCUCACAUGAACUACGACAAACUCAGCCGUGCACUCAGAUACUACUACAACAAACACAUCCUGCACAAGACCAAAGGGAAGAGAUUCACCUACAAGUUCAACUUCAGCAAACUCAUCCUGGUCAACUAUCCGGGAUAUCCUCCUCCACCUCCUCCACCUCUGCUGCAGACCAUUCCUCUUCCUCUUCUCCCUCCUGAGGGUGGUCUUCCUCUGUGUUCAGGAUCCAGGUCGCUGACAGACACAGCACUUCAUCCCAUGCCUCACCCCUUCUUGCUCCCAUGCUGCCUCCCUAAGCCAAUCUCGAUGCCCCGGGCUCUCCACUUCCCCUUCUCCUCCCCCCCUUCACAUCCGGGGGUCAACUUUAGGGAGUCGGGCCUCCCACCUCUCCCCUCGGACCUUCACAUCGGCGCUAACGGCUGGCAGCAAAAGAGCCUCGCAGGAUGGGAUCUGAGCCACAUCAGCCGAAGACGGUUUGGAGAAGUGAAGCAAACUGAAGAAGAAGAAGAGAGGAAUGUGGGGGAGAGAGAGUGAGGAAGAGGAGCAACAGAUGGACUGCUUUACCUCUUCAAAUCUCUUGUCAUUUUGUGUAACUGUAAAGUAGUUUAUUAUUCAGAUUAUUUAUUAAGUUGGACCAUGA